AGAUAAGAUACAGGAUGUAGCGCUGUUAUCGCGUGGAUGUUAUCGGUUCCCCGAGGCGGCAGUGUGGGUAGGGUUGGUGUGUCUGGUAGACGGUCUUGGGGGGUUGCUGCUGCUGCCUGUUGACUCCGUCCACCGGCAAAAUGGCGAAGAAGCCGCUGCUCAGGAUGGAGAGCGUGUUGGAGGACCGAGCCAGGAUCGGGGUGCCUGAUGCCAUCCUCCUCGAGGACUACCUCAACGAAAAGGUCUUCAUCGACAACCUCAAGAAACGCUACCAACAAAACAUCAUAUAUACUUACAUCGGGCAGGUGGUGAUCUCCGUGAACCCCUACAAGGACCUUGGUCUGUACACAGAGGAAUGCCUCGAGAGGUACAGGAACGUCAAUUUCUACGAGGUGCCGCCCCAUGUGUUCGCCAUCACAGAGAACGCCUACAGGUCUAUGGUGGCAGAGAUCACGGACCACUGCAUCCUCAUCUCAGGCGAGUCAGGUGCGGGCAAAACUGAAGCUAGUAAGCAAGUGUUGAGGUUCCUGGCAGCGACAUCACUCCACCGGAGAGAAAUGGACCGUGUGCGCGAUCGCCUUCUACAGAGUAACCCACUGCUUGAAGCCUUCGGCAAUGCCAAAACCAACAGGAAUGACAACUCCUCUCGCUUCGGCAAAUACAUGGACAUAGAGUUCAACUUUAGGGGGGACCCAGUUGGUGGCCACAUUCUGAACUACUUGUUGGAGAAGUCACGUGUUGUUCACCAAGAGAAUGGCGAGCGUAAUUUUCACAUUUUCUACCAACUUCUGGCUGGUGCUCCUGAUGAACUUUUAGAGAAACUCCACCUGCAGAGGGAUGCUAAUGAAUAUUUCUACCUAAAGCAGGGCAAAAACUGCACCGUAGAUUCUGUUAAUGAUCGAGCAGACUUUGAAGCAGUUGACCAUGCCUUGGACAUCCUCUCUUUUACAACUGAUGAACAGGAGGCCAUUUGGAGUGUAGUGGGAGCCAUAUUACACUUGGGUAAUGUCACGUUUAGAGCAGAUGAUGAUGGACUUGCCAGGGUGAAAGAUGAAACGCCUGUCAAAUACUGCAGCAAGUUGAUAGGUUGUGAGGAGGAUGAGCUUCUAAGGGCUCUAACUCACCGCACCAUUGAAGCGCGCACAGAUGUUGUCACUUCCCCACUAAAUCCAGAGCAGGCUGUUUAUGCAAGAGAUGCUCUCGCAAAAUCAGUGUACGAGAGAGUCUUCAAUUGGCUGGUGAUCAGAUUGAAUCAUUCUCUUGAGACCCCAGAAUCUGGAAGGAAGACUCUUCUUGGAAUUCUUGACAUCUAUGGUUUUGAAAUCUUUGACAAGAAUGGGUUUGAACAGUUCUGCAUAAACUACUGUAAUGAAAAACUACAGCAAGUUUUCAUUGAGCUGACUCUGAAGAGUGAACAGGAGGAAUACUACAGAGAAGGAAUAGAAUGGGAAAAAGUUCAUUACUUUGACAACAAGAUCAUUUGUGAUCUGGUGGAGGAAAAACACAAAGGCAUCAUCUCGCUGUUAGACGAGGAAUGCCUGCGACCUGGAGAUGCAACAGAUUUAACUUUUCUGGCUAAAAUGAAUUCCCACCUGGCCACCCAUAACCAUUACUUUAGCUACGAGACCUCUGAUAACAGUAAGGUCAAGAAAACAAUAAAUAAAGAUGAAUUCCGAUUACGGCACUACGCUGGUGAAGUUGCAUACAGAGUUCAAGGCUUCCUAGACAAGAACAAUGAUUUGCUCUUCCGUGACCUGAAGGAGGCAAUGACUCACACGACUAACUUGAUAAUUACCAAUGUGUUUCCCAAGGAUGAAUUGUUGAGAAAGAAGAGGCCUGACACAGCUGCCACGCAGUUCAAGAACAGUUUGUCAGGCUUGAUGACCAUUCUCAUGAGCAAGGAGCCUUCUUACAUUCGCUGUAUCAAACCUAAUGAUAGCAAAAGAUCACAUUUCUUUGACGAGGAGCGUGUGAGCCAUCAGGUUAAAUAUCUGGGUCUGAUGGAAAACUUGAGGGUGAGACGAGCAGGAUUUGCUUACCGCCGUGCUUAUGAGAUUUUCUUGGGUCGUUACAAGUCGGUUUGUCCUGCCACUUGGCCAAACUAUCAUGGGUCAGCAAAGGAAGGUGUGAAGGCCAUAGUUCAGCAUCUUGGUUAUCAUCCUGAUGAUUACCGCAUGGGAGAGACCAAAUUGUUCAUUCGACUUCCAAAGACACUUUUCCUGACUGAAGAUGCAUUCCAAAAGCGAAAGGUAGAAUUGGCCACUAUGAUCCAAGCUAAGUGGAAGGCUUUUGUGCAUCAGAGACGAUACCAAAAGAUGAAAGCAGCUGCAAUUGCAUUGGAAAAACACUGGAGACGUGUGAUGGCUCAGAGGUUGCUCGUGCGUAGAAAAUGGGCAGUUGGAGUUGUAAGAGCGUUCGUGAAGGGCUUCAUCACUCGUAAUGAACCUGUCAACCCCAUCAACGCUCGGUUCCAACAGUUGGUCAAGUGUGAAUAUUUGCUACGACUAGCAAAGGCACUGCCAACCAAUGUAUUGGACAAAAGAUGGCCAGAUGCACCAACCCCCUGUCUUGAGGCUUCAUCAAUCCUUCACAACCUUCACCGCUCUUACCUUGCACGAAGAUAUGUGAAAGCUCUUCAGCCAGAGAAGCGAGCCAUGUUCGAGGAGAAGGUUUUGGCUGAGCAACUUUUCAAAGGAAACAAGGCCAGCUACCCUGAGAGUCUGCCAAAUUGGUUCGUAACUUCAAGACUGGAUACAGUGUCAGAAAGCUUGAGGAAGACGUCGUUUGAGGAAACAAUCAAGAUGGCAGGAGAGAAAACAAAGUACUGUAUACCAUGUACGAAGUAUGAUCGCCAUGGCUACAAACCUCGGGAACGCAUCAUGAUUCUUACAUCUGGAGCUCUCUACCUACUAGAAGCUAAGGAAAAUAAGCUGAAGCAAAAGCAUCGAUUUUCGUUGAAGGAAGUGCAAGGUCUCCACGUGUCUCCUAACUCCGACAAUCUUCUGCUAAUUCAGAUUCCCGUUGAAAAUGCCAAGAGAGAUAAGGGUGAUCUAAUCAUUAGCGUGCCAAAUGUGAUAGAAGCUGUGACCAAGAUUGUAUCAGUCAGUGACAGCCCUGAAGUUCUCAAAAUUGCAGAAUCUGAGAGCAUUGGUCACACUAUGAAAAAUGGCAAGCAGGGCACAAUUAUGCUUGACACCGGGUCAUCUGUCACUACCAUCAACAAAAACAAAGAGGGUAAAUUAUUAGUGCUGGCUGGACAUUGAGCAGCAUAGAAAAUGUGGUGAAAAAAUUGGCACAAGAUAACAUAAUGAGAAGUGGGAACGUCAAGAUUAAUGUGAACAUAUUUUUUGGCGGAGGUAUUCCCUUGUGCCCAAUAAUUUGAAGUUUAUGCUUGGACCUCGGUCAGUCUUGUAUGGCAAGCUGACUUGGAAAGGAAGAUGGGUAUUAAGUACUGGUAAAUAAGUGAUGGUAGGUUUAUUUGUACUAAAGCAUUAUUAGUUUUGAAAAGUGACUUCACUUCUAUUUUGAAGUCCUAGUUGAACAAAUGUAUAUUUUUUUAUUGAUUUUAGCUAAAACUUUAAAGUUUCUUGUAACGUUGCUUUUAACGUUUCUUUUUUCUUUCUACGUUGCUGUAGUUCGUGGCUUGAAAUUAUGGUUUUUUAAUCUGCACUGGCAUUAUAUGCCCGAAAAUUUUGAAAGAGCAUUUUGUAUACUUCAGCUUGACAUUUAAUAUUGAAAUGUAAACAGUUUCAUGCAAAUCUGUGUGCUCUUUAACUCUUGAUUAUUAAUGUGUGAAACAGCUGUAUUGUAACUUAUUUUUAUAUUUAUUUACUAGUCAUAAAGAUUGUUUAGUCCUUAUACUGUGAUAUAUGUAGCACAGUUCAUGACGGUUUGUGUUCCAAGAUGCCAUUAAUUUAGAUUGCAGUGUACCUCGAAGCCUGGCAGUACCAAGUUUACUAGAAUGGCAUACUUCGGUGUUAUCCUCUGAUUGUAUAAGAAGAAUCAAACAGUUCACAUGUUGGAGAACCAACAUAAAAGGCAUCAUGUGCAGCUGUGAAUUCUGUACAUAAGGUGUAUUAUGGUUUUAAUUGGAAGUUCUCUUAUGGUUACUAAAAUUUGUAUAGUGCAAACAUCUUGACCCUAAUUUGCAACAUAAUUUUUAAUGUAUGAAAAGCUGCAAUCCAAAUCUUGCCUAUCUAUUGGUGUACUUAAGGAACAUUUCAAACAAUUCAAUUUUUUUUUUUAUACUGGCUGGACAAAUUAUCCUUAGCAAGUGAUGUUAAUCCUUGGAACAACCAGAAGGUACUGUAAUCACACGGUAGUCCUAGUCCCGCCAGUAAACAUGACUAAAUAAGAAUGUGUUAUGUGAAGUUUAAACUGUAUAGCGUUUCUAUCCAUUCUUGAGCAUGUGUCUGUCUGUGGCAGUAAACUUCUGUUGGUGUCUUGUUCAUUUAUUCAAGUGAAUACUUUGGUAUAUUUUGAACUUGGAAUUGUGCUUUUGAUAAAGUUAAAAUGGAAGAAUUUUUGAAUUUCUCCUGCAUUUUGAACGAGUAGUCAUACAGAAUCUUAGUAUUUUUUUCCUAAAUAUUCUUCACUUGAAGGAAUAUUCACAAUGAGUAUGGAAAAUCGUGAAUGAAUUUUGGUUAAUAUGUAGAUUAUCGAUACUUUUUUCAUGACUUGCAGUUGUAUAUUAGCUUUUUAAUGAGUUAAAUAUGUUUAUAGUGUCCAGUACUUAGACGAAAAUUCUGUUUGAGUCCUUGUUUUAUGUGCAGGUAAAUGAUUGUACUUGUACAUGUACAUCAAUUUGUUUGUAUUAUGAAAUGAUGAGCAGUAGUACAAUUAUAUUUUCGGUAUCAUUCCACAUAAAUGUGUUAUGACAGUACUGUGAACUUUUGUGUUACUGUAGCAGUUUUGUCAGGACAUUAAUUCAUAAAUUUAACAAAAAAGUUCAUAGUAGAAAUGUUUAUAAUGACUGUUAAAAAGAAGUCUUGUUUUGGUGCUCGCUAAUUUUUGGUUGUUUUUGUUACUCUGGCCAUAGCUGGCCCUUAUUUUGCAUUUACUUUGGUUGGACUUAAUGUAUUCUGGAAAUUUGCAUUAUGCAUUUACUGUAUUGUGUUAUAAGACUAGGCUUUUAUUAUAAAAACUUAGAAUUGCUUUUGUGUACAGUAUCAGGAAUAUUGAUAUGAUUGACAACUGCUGAAUAUCUUAUGUGGACCAAUGGUUUCCUUGUGUGGAAUACCACCAUUUUUCAUUAUUGAAAUACAAGCGUUAUAUUACAGGUAAUACAAUCAAGUUUUCAAAAUGUCGGUAACUUGUGACAAAUGUAUAGUGUAUAAGUAUUAAAUUUUUUUAAUGUGUACAUUCACCAACUAGAAUCUUAGCUGCAUUAGUUACAAAAGUUGUAUAUUUUACCUUGCAAGAUUUGCAUAAUUUAGUUGCAAUACAUAACACAUCAAAAACCAUAAGAAUUCCUAAUGUGUACUAUAUUCAUAUUUUAAAAUUGAUUUUCAACAUAAUUUUUACAAAUAGUUUUAAACUUAAUUUUCAUUUUGCUUUUCUAAUACUUUUUAUUACUUGUAAUACAAUGUGCCUUACUACUAUCUAAUGCAUUAAUAUUCUUGAGUUUGCUUGCAGUUGCUGAAGUGAGAAACAGUGUAACUGUUGUUUAAUUUUAUGUGCCUUAUGUGCCAAGAAUGUACAAGAUAUGAAUUAGAAGUAAUUU